CUGAUCCCACUGUGCGCUGAGCCAGCCAUGCAAGCGACCCGGGCGCCCACCAUCAGCGUGAGUGCAGACUGUAGCAUCCCGGCCGGCCUGCGGAUGGGACCGCUACCGGGCACCUGCACGUUGGGGAAGUACAUGUCCGACCGCAGAGAGCCCGGCCUCAAGAAGAAGAUUCGACUUCUUAGGGGGGAUUUUGUGGACGAAACAGGCAGUCCCGUGUCUGACUGGAUUGGACUAAUCCGCGCGGCCAGAAACGGUCAAGAACAGAACCUCGAGGCGGUCUCGGAUUUACCCGGGGGGCAGAUAUUUUAUCGCGUGCUGAGAGACGUCCAGCCGGGAGAAGAGCUAAGCGUUUGGUACUCCAACACUCUGGCCCAGUGGUUCGACAUUCCCACCACAGCCACACCAACGCAUGACGAAAAAGGCGAGGAACGGUAUAUCUGCUGGUACUGCUGGAGAAUUUUCAAGUACCCCAAUACACUCAAAGCUCAUGUUCACUUCCAAUGCGCUCUAAGUAACGGGCGGGGCUUCAUGAACAGCGAGCAGGCCAGAAGCUCAGAGAACUUCAGCAGGUCCCCCAAAUCCGGGGACACUCCAAACGCCACGGCGUCCCCAAGGAACGGCCACGGCACUUCUAGCUCCGACUCUCUCCGACGGACUGUGUCUUCCUCACCUUUUCUGAACAAAACAGGGAAGAAAUCGAUCUCGGAGGAGCAGGACGGGGCCCUUGAUAUGAGCGUGACUUCGGCGAGGAAUCACGGCCAUAUUUUGGGCAUAGGCGGGACAUCCUCUGUGCUGAACAACAUGGGAUUUCAUCCUGGUGUACGAUCGGCUUUCAAACCCACAGGACUGUCCAAGAUUACCCCGGCGGAGGGAUCUCGAGAGGAGCCCAAUGUCAAACCAAACGGACUAGGCUUCAGUAAACUUUUAGGAAAUAUCAAAUCCACACGCACUCUCAACGAACCUUUGGGCAGUCAUCCUUCCAAGUGCGUCCACCCCAUAGAAUCCGCAUCACCAGUGGUGCCAUGCACCAAUGCCAUCCGGGGGUUUCCGUUACUACCUCACUUCGAGGAAACGUCUGCGUUCAAGCAGGUGGAAAGCCGCCUCCACUCGGGACUUUCUCCCUCGCGCUAUUCUCAGAUCUCCUCUGGAUUCCAUUUUGAACGUUUCUCCCUCCCCCAGUUUGAUGGUGUCAAGCCCUACAGCGGAGACUGCAAUAUCCCUCUAAUGCCCUUCACGGUCUAUAAUGGCGAACUGCUCUACAGCUCACCGUACUACCCUCUAAAAUUUCACUUCAGCAACCUUCUCAAGUACCCGGAGUCCAUGUCGUAUUUCGGUGCCCCUGCUCUCAACCCUGACCUGAGCUCCAUCCCAAACAUUGACAGGGAGAUCGCCAUGCACGCCCAGCAACUCUCCGAGAUUGCAGUCGAAAAGAACCGUGCCAGGCUCGAGUCCAUUCCCACCACCACAUCCGGUUCGAGCAAGCCAAAAAAGGGGCACCUGUGUCUUUACUGUGGUAAACUGUACUCUCGGAAAUACGGCCUGAAGAUUCACAUGAGAACGCAUACCGGGUACAAACCACUCAAAUGCAAAGUCUGCUUUCGACCCUUCGGUGACCCAAGCAACCUCAACAAGCACAUCCGCCUGCACGCGGAGGGGAACACGCCCUACAGGUGUGAGUUUUGCGGAAAGGUACUCGUUCGUCGAAGGGAUUUGGAGAGACACGUAAAAUCAAGGCAUCCAGGACAGACGAUGAAAAAAACCGAUGACAAAAUGGGGGGACUUUUUCAAGACCAGGAACAAAAAAGUGACAAUGACAGCGAUGUUGACGUGUGCUUCACCGACGACCAGAGCGACCAGGAAUCCAGUAAAAAUAAUGACCCAUAG